AUGGUAGCUUCAAAUUGUGGUGACUUUGUUGCAUUUCAUCUGGAUGCUAUAGAGGGCUAGAAAAUACAUUUCUAUGAGAUCCUAGAAUCUGAGCGUGUGCUUGACACAGGAUGGAUAGAACGAGCCUCUGGCAGUUCCAUUUAUCCAGAGGUAAAAGCAUGUCUGCCCAGAGAGCUCUUGGGUUCCAAGAAAGAACCUAUGUUACCUAAGGACACAGUGCUUUCUCUUACAAGGUACAGUCUUGGCUCCUCUGCCAUGAAGGGGAAGGUUCCUGGACAUGUGCUUCAGAGACCUUCCUGUUUAACCAGGAUACAAAUUGCAUUGUUAUGCAAUUCCUUUGCUGAGGCCCUGUAA